AUUUUUAAAUGGGCAUCAACUCAUUUUGACAGUUCAUUAGAUUCCCUCAUGGCGAGUGACAAACAUAAAAGAAGUUUUACUUUAUAUCAAUAAAAAAAACAAGAAGAAGAACCCGGUGUUAAUUUUGUACCUCAACUGAAACUACUAGUUUUUUGUAAGUUCAAAACUUCAUGUUCAAAUGAUUAAAAAUUUGAUCAUUCACAACCCAUUAAAAUAUAAGAUAAAAAGCGGUUUCCUCGUUUAGUGAUUGAUGGAGUCAUGUAAAAACAUGGCGCAAUGGGUUGGCUAUUUGGUUUCAAUUAAAUGUGCUGAUGAUAUUGGAACCUUUCAAGGAGAGAUUAUCUCAGCAAGUGCAUCGGCAAUAACUUUAACUAAAGUAUUUUGUAAUGGAUUUCCUUGUGAUCAAAAUGAAAUAAAAAUCAGAGCUGAUUGUAUCUUAGAUUUAAAAUUAAUUGACAAACAAAAGGACAAUUUAGAGGAGCCUAGCAUUAUUACUAUAGCAAAACCUAUUGCUAAAAGGGUUACAAGGACUCAGAGUACAUCAGAAACACAUAAUACAAUUAAUAAAAACCCAGAAAGUACAGGAGUACAUAAUAAAUCUAAACCUAUUGAUAUAGAGGUAAAGCCAUCAAAUGAACCAACAAACAAUUCUUUUAAAAAUAAUACCCCAAACAAAAAAGAAAAAAUCAAUAGAAAAUGGAUGAAAGGUUGGAAAGAUGAAGAAUGUUUUGGUAUGUCAAUGGAACAGAGCAAUAUCAGUAAAGAUUUUGAUUUUGAGAAAAAUUUAGCCCUUUUCAAUAAACAAGCUAUUUGGGAGGAAAUUAAUGCUCAUAAACCAGAUGUUGUGAAACAUCUUUAUAAUAGAAAGCCUACAAAAUAUAGACAUGAUGAAAACGUUAUAACGACAUGUCCGGCUUCAUACAGACAAAUAACAGUACCGAAACAAGAUUUUUGUGAAUAUGUAACUGAUGAUGGUUUGAUUAUACCCAGUAUAUCCAGGGCAUUAAGAAGACGGUUGUGGGAAGUUGCCGAAAGAGUUGGUCUUACAUGGGAAAAGAGGAUAGACUUGAUAGGAAGGGCAGCUUGCGAAAUAUCUAUACAACUUUUGGGCGGCGGACAUAGAUUAAAUCCACGUAACACACAUCAGUGGCCCACUGUUGUUUUGUUAUGCGGACCUCAUAAACAAGGAGCUAUUGGAGUAAACACUGCCAGACAACUAGCAAGUCAUGGUGUAGAGACUAUAGUGUUCACAGUAUCCAUGGAUGCAGCAAUAUUGAAAAAAGAAAUUUCCCUGUACAUGUUAACAAAGAAUAGAGUACUGAAUAACGUUUCUGAUUUACCAACUGUUUCGGAUUUAAUAAUUGUGGCACUUUGUGAAGAUACUGAUAAUCCCAAGCAUUAUCCCUUACUGUCUGAUUGGGUAAACAAAAAUAAGGCCCCCAUUUUAGCAUUGGAUCCUCCUCCUACUGGAACUCCGGGUAUAACUCCGAAAUUCUCAUUGCUACCAGUAUUACCCUUACCACAUUCAUCCAAUAAUGGAAAAUUAUAUUUAUGUAAUUUGGGUUUCCCCGUUGAUAUAUUCAACGAAGUCGGGAUAAAAUAUAAAUCUCCUUUUGGACCUAAAUUUGUAAUACCUUUACACCCAAAGGAAGAUUAAAACAUACUAAGCAUAAUUAUUGGUAUAAUGAUAAAAAGUCUAAAUAUAUUUUGAAAAGAGCUUUUUUAUUAAUUUUUCAAGAUAUUUAUAAGAGAAACGUUUGCUGUAAGCGACUCUUCCAAUAAAUCAUGAUUAUUAUUGAUUUUCAUAUGAUUGACUGUAUUUUUAUAAAUUUGACUUGAAUUUCAUCGAAUUGAACUUUGUCAUUGUUAUAAUAAAAAUUAAUUUAAAAAAGUAUCUUUUUCUAUUACCUUAACUUUCUGAUGAACGAACAAAAAUUACAAUGAACUUGAAAAAUGAUUGAAUAAGCGCAGUAUGGCGAAAAAAGCUAGAAUAGUCUAGAAACAAUGCAAUCUAAAUUUGACUAGGGCAGCAUAAUGAAGGUAACAGUACACUAACAGGAUGUAAGAUUAAUUUGAAAAAUACGAAAAUAAGAAAGUAUAUAUAGGAGUAGUUUUAUGAAAAGAAGAUGGGUCAUUUUAAAAUCCGUUGCAGAAAAUCAUGACAAUAAAUCUAGAUUUUAAAAAAAUUGAUUACGGUUAAUUUGGAUGUAUAGGUAUUUAUGUUAUGUGGAUAACAUUAUAAGAUAUAACUAUAACUACUAGAUCAGGGUCCAAAAAAUAACAACUCUGUUACCAUAAUAUACUUACUAGCAGUUAAGCAACAAAAACAUUUUGUUAUUCUUUUUUGGAAUCAAUAUUGAAUAAGUCUUUAUUCUCACAUUUCACAUGAAAAAUCAAAGUAUUUUUUAUUCCUAUCAGAGGUACUGGAAGAAUAUUUGGAUGAUCUCUAUUUAGAAGCACGUAACCAAAUUUAUUUCCAACAAGAUGGAGCUCCUCCCCAACAGGAACACGAAGUCAGAAUAUUGUUGGAAAGACUUUUUCAAGAUAUGUGGAUUGCUACAAAUGGUCCUACACGUUGGCCCCCUAGAUCUCCUGAUAUAAUCCUCUAGACUUUUACUUUUGGGGUUAUGUCAAGAACGAGGUCUAUAAAAG